AUGGUGCAUAAUUUCCACAACAAUUUUUCCCAACAAAAUCAAAUUAUAACUGUUCCAGCACCCGAAGCAAUUGUUGCUGCAGUAGCAAAGAACAGUGAUACAUCAAAUUCAUUAAAACCCAAUGGUGAACAAUAUCUGAACGGUGCUAAACUUUAUACACAAGAAUUUAGUGUUUUAGGAAGAAUUGAUAUUGGUUUAGGUAUUGGUGGUGGUGUGAUUAAUUGUAUGCUUUAUAAUGUUGAUGAUGGUCAUCAAGAUGUUAUUUUUAAUCAUUUUCAAAGUGUUAAACUAGAUGUUAUUGAAGAAGGAACUCAUUUUAUGAUUUCAUGGCUUCAUAGACCAAUUAUAUUUGAUAUUCGUACACGACCACGAUCUGUUCCAUCAAUAACAGAAAUAAAAGAUAUAAAAGCUAGAAGAGAACAGUCAACUUCAGGAGAGAGGUGA